AUGGCGCACCGGUUCAUCGUCGAGUCGAGCCCUCCCGCGAGCCCGGAUGGCAACGCGGCGCCCUCGACGCCCGACCGGCGAUCCUACAAUGCGACGGGCUUCUCCUUCAUGGCCGACAACCCGUCGACGACACCGGCUGGCCCGCCUCCAUCCUCCAACGCCUCCUUUACACCCGCCGGUGCGCCUUCAGAAUCAUAUCUGGGCAGCUCCAUCAUGCGAGGCGUGGGCGGAACCGGGAGCAAGCCGUUUGGCAUGGGGGGCCAGUCGCAGAGCUCGGGCAGGAACCUGUUUGGCCGAAACGACACCUCUGCGUCGCUAGGCCGCUCCCUGAGGGGUGCGAGGCAGCCCUCGGGCCUGAGCAGACAGUUCACCGCCGACGAGGAUGACAUUGAAGAGGACGAAGACGAGGACGAGGACGCUUCCGGCGAGGAGCUGCCUCCACAUCGCGGCAGUUUAUUUCGCCCGUCCGGUCGCUCAAGAAAUCAAGCAGAGAUACAUGACAUCGACGCAGCAAUGGACCAGAUACUUGAGCGCGACAUCGACGCCGAAGGCGAGGAGUACGACGAGGACGAAGAGCUCGAGUCAGAGGAAGCGUCAGAAGAGGCGUCCGACGACGGCGACAUGUUCCUUAACAUGCGACACGACGACCGACCGUACGGACAACCUGUCAUUGGAGAGGGCGACGAUCUGUUGAUGCUCCAGACCCCAGGGGCUACGGACCGCGUUCGCAAGGAAGCUGAAGACAUCUUUCGACGCUCCUCGGCUCCACUCCGUGGCUCUAUCCGCGAGUUUCAGUUUGCAUCGAUUGCCAGAGAAUUCUACGCAAACCAAGAGCCGGCACACCUGACAGAGACAGCAGGGGUGAUACUCAAAACGGAAGACUUGGUGUGCCGACUUUACGACGAGGGAGUGGGAACCGAAGACGACGCCGAGAAGAUGGACAACUCCCUCGCCAACAUCACUUGCCGCCUCGUCAAGCUAUGGAAUGAUUACGUCGAGGGCCUGCCACAGCCCGAAGGCGAGGACUUUGUCACCAUCGGCCCCGGCUCGCAGGCCGAGCCGUUUGAGAAGGCCGCGUACGUUGCUCAUCUAAUUCUGCGCAUGCACCACACGAGAUUCGAGGACAAUACCGAGGAGGAAAAGACACCGCCGCUCCCGGAGAUCCUCUUCGACUGGCUCCAGACCAGCCACAAUCUCUACCCGGAUCAGGUUCGAGAGAUUAACCGGUACAAGCCCAGUCCAGCAAGCCACAGCCUUUACUGGCAGACGCUGCGAUCCGCCCUCCUUCGUGGCGAUGUCAGUGGCGCCUCACAGUUGCUCAGAAAUGCCGGCUGGGAACACGUGCGCCGAGGACCCCAUGGGGAAGCCGCUUAUACCGGGCCCUCGCUCGAAAACAUCCGCCGCUACGCAAACGCCACAUGCGAUAUGCUGGAGCAGUGUCCCGGCAUGAGGUCCGAUUGGGACAUUUGGAACAGCAGCUGGACCCUGUUCCGAGUGCAAGCCAGGGGCUCUCUGGACCGCCUCACCCUCUUUGCGGAGGGCAAGGACAAUCAAAGUGCCGGCUCUAACCUGCCAGGCGCAUCGUCCAUGUCGACCAUGGCGAGGAAAGCCUCGAGCCAGAUCCCGUGGGACGUCUAUGAAAAUCUGCAAGUCGUGUAUGGUAUCGUCCUCGGCAACCAAGAUUCCAUCAUGGACACCGCACAGGACUGGUGCGAGGCGACUGUUGGCCUGUUCGGAUGGUGGGACGACGGCCAGCGAAAGGGCCUGAGAGCGAGCUUCGGCGCGUCUGCCUCCCGAUUCACGAGUGCUAGCGACUACUUUGACCGACUCAGCUCUGCCUUUCACACGGUACUACAUUCUGAUAUGAACCCCAACACCAUCAAUCCCGUCGAGGUCGCCGUAGCGUCCGCAUUCGAAGGAAACGUCAACGCGGUGAUAGGAUGCCUGAGGAUGUGGUCGCUUCCCAUAGCUACAUCUGUGGCUGAGAUUGCAUCUCUUGGCCAGUGGCUACCCGCGACCCAGACCUCGAAGCCGCUGCCCUUGGACACGCUCGACAUGGACGACCUGGCCCUUUUGGGCGUCCUGCCGCCUUCGACCGACGACAUUGAAGGCAUCAAGGACACAACCAUGGUCUUAUAUGCGAGGGAGUUGGCCGGUAUCGAGCAUCUGUCGUCACAGCGUGAUGGAUGGGAGAUUGCUAUUCAGGUCCUUGGACGCAUGGACCAGACGCAGAAAUCAGAGGAGACGGUGGGUGAGCUGCUCAGGGACCUGUUGGCGACCCUGGAUGAGCACUCGAGCGAGACAGUCGACAAGAUGUGGCGGAUCCUCAACGACCUCGGCAUGAUGACGUUUGCCGAAGAAACCGCAGAGACAUUUGCCGAAAUCCUGUCGAAAGAAUCUCACAGAUACGGCGAAGCUCUUUGGUACUACGCCUUGUCCCACCGCACGGACCGAGUCCGCGAUGUCCUCAACCUUCUCAUGUCGUACUCGUUGGUGCAGUCGACGGCGUACCCGACAGAGAAGGACCUGGAUGAGGACCUCAAGAACCUCCUUCGAAAGCGCACAGAGACCCUGGAGAAGCGCGCGCAGCAAGACAUUGAGGCAGCCCAGCUUCUGGGACGAAUGCUCAGCGGCUACGCCACUCUCCGCAAAUUUUACGAGCUCAGAGACAGUGCUGCCCAAGAAACGUCUCCCAGCAAGGCCAUGACGCUCAAGAAGCAAGCCGCAUUCGCGCUUGUUGCCGUUAUAUCCAGCUCGGACGAUAACAUUCGUGGCGGACUUUACGACGAGAGUCGGGACGCCGUCGUGAGUGAGGACUUUUUGCUCGCCCUUCUGGGUGAAGCCACAGUGUUUGUCAAGCAGUCGCCGACACUCAUCUCCCUGGAGCAAAUCGACAUUUUGCUCAAGGCCAUCGAAGACAUCCAAACUGUAGGGUCGCGCAUCUACGAGACGUGCGACGAGUUCUUCAGCCUGGUCUUGUCGUCCGGCCAAGGACUCAAGGGAUCCACACCCGCAGACCUCAUGAAGAAGUCGACAAGCUCGCUGAGCGGAAGCAGCUAUGUCAUGAGCGGGAGCUCAAUGCUGGCGAGCCACCUUCACAAGUCCGUGGCUGGAGGCAAAGUUCAGCGAGGAUGGGACUGGAGGAAAGGAUGGACGGCCAACACCAAGGGAGAGGAUGUGCUGCGCAAGCUGCGGCUGGGCCUCUCCCAGGAUCUGUCUGCCCUGUGGCUCGCAGAGGCGGACGGGGUGGCAGUCUUUUAG